AUGCAUGUUAUGCAGACUCUGAGUGGCCGACGCCAUGGAUUCGGACGUCUGCUCAUCGUCUCGCUCGCAUUUGCGCCAACAGCGCUUUCGAGCUCGAUUCACCAUGCUCGUAAUCACCGCGAAAUAUCACAAAAGAGAUCUCCGGGGGACGCUAACGCACUCGAUCUCGACCUAGCUGCCGUUUUUCCCCAAAACCGUAAACGCCUCCUCGGCGAAAUCGUAGGCGGCGUCGGAAAUCUGGUACAAACACUUGUUGUUGGACUAGUUGGAGGAGGAAGUACGACUGUGGUCACCACGUCCCCGCUGCCGACCUCAGUGCUCCCAACGAGUUCCACCAAUGUCGUGAACAAUCCCGCGCCUGCGCCCACCUCAUCGAGCAGUGCAAACGGCGGUUCGAGCCCAAGCUCAAGUAGUAAUAGCCAAGCAGCGCCUGCACCGACGACGCCCGUUGCUGGUGGUUCGCAGCCCUCGCAAGCUUCGUCGAAUCCCACCAGCCGAUCAUCUACGACCAUGGGCGGGACCGUCUUUCCUAUCAAUCUUGCCCACGGAGGUUCCACCACGACGAUUCCUCCCCAGGUUGUAACAGACCAUCAAGGCAACCUCCAUACGAUCACGGCACCUCUUACAAGAACAUACUUGACAACGCUGCCGAACGGCGUUGUUUCGACCGUUACCGAAGUGAUCACUCCCACGGAUUACGUUGGAGCUUCUGGAUCCAGCGGCAUGUCGCCGGGAAAAAUUGCUGCCGUCGUUGGUACGCUUGUCACCGUAUUCCUGAUCGUGUUUGGGAUUUCCAUCGCUCUCCUCAUCCUACGCAAGCGAAGAAAGGCAUCUCAGCGAGCUAGACCAACCUCUGCAUCCUCGUUUGGAUCCGUGUCCGACGAAUGGGCACACGACGCGCGACGGAACAGUCAGACAGCGCUCGUCGGCUCAAACCAACCUAGCAUGAGUGCGAGUGUGGCCGGUACCCGGUUAAACUUUCCGCUACCACCAGCACCUGCCGCCAGCCCCGAGCCAGGACGAAGGCCAAACUCGAUGGUUUCCAACCAAACAUUUGACCUCGCGUUUGAGCAACAGAAGCGCUCGAGGGAUAGUAUCAUCGAGGACAAGAAUGCACUGCGCAAAAUAGGGCAAUAUCCCGAUGCCGGAACUUACACGCCAUUUGCGUUCCCGCCAAGCGACCAAGGACAUACAGAGGAGAAUGGAGUGUCACCGACGCAGCUCACGGCUGCCCUCGAAGGUGCCAAGUCGUUCCAUGCCCAAUAUCGCCUGAGCCGUGGUGAGGAUCAGAUGACAGAAAAUCCGUUUAGUGAUCCAGCUCCCGUAACCGUUGCCAACAAGACGCAGCAAGAUCAAUACUGGCAUCCUCUCCCAAACCAGACGGCACGCCAGACUGGGUUGUGGCGCAAAGCGACAUUUGGAUCCGACGCUAAACUGGAGAGUGUCUCUGACCGAUCGACCUUGUCAUCCUUCUCGUCGGCAGAAUAUGGCACGGCAACGAGUCACCAUCAACCGUCUGGUUCUCCUCAGCUGACGCGGAUGCCGAGUGUGUCGUCGGAUGACCACUACUCGUAUCACAGCGCAAUGGAGUCUUAUGCCAACCAUGGCCUGGCCCGUCCAGUCUCUCAAGCGCACGAUCCAUUUGCAGACCCUCGACCUAGUACAGCUGGAAGCGCCUUUGCUGCACGUCCGGGGACGAGUGGCAACGAGUCUGUCGUGAGCUCGGUUUACCCUGGUGGACGAGAGCUGGGGCCGACGCCGGACCCAGUCGAGCUGUUCUACCAGCGACCGACGAGUAUGGAUGACGGCGAGCGAACGAUUCGUGCACGGAGUCCGACAUUGUCGACAAGGACACAGUCGAUUAUAUAUCCAACUUUGACGGUCACCCGUGCGACAUAG